GUUUUUGAUUGCUUGACCAAGUGUGGACGCCUUUCUCCCCUGGCCGGCGUGCCGGUACCCAACCUUAUCUUAGCAAAGAUGUGAGUGCACCUCACUUAUAUUACCCUGACUCUUGUCCGGUGUUGGUCCCUUGCAGGAAAGGAUCUCGAUUGACCGGUCACCUCGUGGCUUUCCAGGUUGCAUUCCAGCACGAUGUCCAGUCUCAGCCCCGCUUUCGCACGCAAUUUUGCACGGGAAACAUGGACGCUCUAUGGUGUCGGGGUGCUGGGUGCUGUACUGAGAUUCAUCGCACGAAUACGUCGGUUGGGGGUCACCAAUCUCCAGGCGGACGAUUAUCUGAUGAUGUUCGCUGUCGUUUGGUACACGCUUCUUUGUGUUGCUCUCAAUCAAGUUGCUUCAGGCGGGGGCUCCAAUCUGAUGAGCGAGGAUGACAUCAAAGCAUUAACACCCACCAUCAAAGCUGAUCGCAUCCGCGGAAGUAAAUGGGUUUUUGUGUCGGAGCACUGCUUCCUCCUUGCCAUCUGGGCGAUGAAGGCCUGCAUGCUGGUGAUUUAUGCUCGCAUCACGGAGGGACUGCGCCAAAGAAAAUGGGUCAAUUACCUCUCCAUCUACGUUGCCCUUGGAUUCGUGGCAACCGAACUGUCCCUGUUCCUCAUCUGUCGACCUAUCCACAAUUACUGGGCUGUGCCGACUUCGUACGGCAAGUCAAUCUUCUGCAAAAAUGGCUUGUAUACGCCUCUUGCUGACUGCGCGAUAGAGCAAUGUUCGACAUAUCAGUACUAUGAGAUCGUCCAAGGCGUUAUCUCCAUCUCCGCGGAUGUGUUCAUGCUUCUCAUUGGAAUCCCCCUCUUGGUCCAAGUGCGCGUCCCUUUGAAGCAAAAGUUGAUCCUCAUGCUCUUAUUCGGCAUGGGUAUCUUCGUCAUCGUCGCGGCCCUCCUGAACAAACUCUACUGUUUGGUACCAUCGCUCAUCUCUUACGUUUACAUGAACUGGUAUUUCCGUGAAGCAACCGUCGCCAUUCUGGUUACCAACCUUCCCUUGGUGUGGUCUCUCCUCCGUGAUGUGUUCCCUGCCCUCAAGAGCUGGACUGGAGGGUCCCACCGAGGAACGGACCGCUAUCGAACAGGCCCAUACGCGCCGAAGGGGUCUGCGUACCAACACUACGGGCCUCACAGUCAGUUGCGGUCCGGAGACUUCAGCAUGCGCACCUAUAACCAGAGCACUGUUGUGGCUCCCAGCAAGGCUGUGUCGGAUGUUAGCACGGAACCGCUUGAUGAGCGCGAGCCCAGUGACGACGGCUCAGAGCGAGCCCUCCGCAUUCGACAGGACGUCACAGUCACUGUGGAGCGGGAAACACGACCGCCCGAGUACUGGGAUUCUCGGGCCGCGGGGGCAAACCAACAUCCAGAGUCUUAA